AUGGUCUCCACUCGCUUAUUAGUCUCAUCUUUGUUGUCAGCCACUUUGGCCAGUGCGCAAUUUUUCAAUAACUCAAGUGCUGGGUCAUCAAGUUUCCCUUCAAUUGGUUUACCAUCACCUUCAUCUGAUUUAUCCUCAGCUUCAUCUGAUUUAUCAUCAGCUUCAUCCGAUUUAUCAUCAGCUCUAUCAUCAGCCUCAUCUGAUUUAUCAUCAAUUUCAUCAUCAGCUUCAUCAGAUGUUUCAUCAGCUUCGUCAGAUCUCUCAUCAGCUUCAUCAGCUUUACCAUCUUCUUAUGGUAACUCUUCAUCUACUGAACCACCUUCAUCAUCUGAAGCUCCAUCAUCAUCAUUACCAUCAUCAUCUGAAUCCUCAUCUGCUACUCAAACUCCAUACUUAGAAGGUGAAUUUAUUGAUGGUUUAUUAACUUGGAAAUUGUUCGUUCCAGGAUCAUUAGGACCAUGGACCUCAGUUGAAAUUACUGCUUCAGGUUCAGGUUAUGAAAUUCAACAAGUUGAUGUUGAAGUUGACGGUGAACCUAAACAAGCAGAUGUCUCAACUCAAGGUGCGGAUAUUACUGCUACUACCGGUGAACAAGCUCCAGAAGAUGGUUGGUUAUCAUUUGUUUACGCUGCUGAAAGAUUAUCAAACGCUAAAGAAUUUACUUCAGAUCUUGUUUUAGCAAUCACCACUCCAGAUGGUAAGAGAUUGAUUAGAAGAGCUGUUACCACUUAUGAAUUUUCAUCCACAAUCACUAUUCCCGAUGAUGCCUCAUCAGUUACUCCAACAAGCUCAGCUGGUACUGCUAAUCCUUCAUCAACAGGAGGUAAUGGUGGUUCAGGUGGUGAAACUACUAUCUGGGGUACAACUGUUACUACAAUCACUACAAAUAACAUUGUUACUAUCAUUACUACCUAUUGUCCUGUCUCAACUAAAACUCAUUCCCCUGGUGAACCUCAACCAACUGGUACAGAAUCAACCGCACAACCUACCCCAACAGGAGAACAACCAGGUGAAUCAACAGGUCCAUCCAAGCCAUUUGAAACAGCAAUCACUACUAUUACUCCAGGUGAAGGUCCAACUACACAUUCAAUUCCAGAAGGUGGUGAAGCUCGUCCAACUACUGAUGAAAAUGGUUCAUCAAUCAUCAUCAUUAUUCAAACUUCAACAUUACCAGGUGAUGAAAAACCAAAACCAACUUACACUCAACAACCAGCUCCAUCAGGUAACCCAGCUCAACCAAGUGGUGGUCAAGGCUCAGGUGCUCCAGAAAACCCAGGCGCUUCAGUUCCAACUAGUGGUGCUCCAGGUGCUUCAGGUGCUCCAGGUGCUUCAGUUUCUCCAGUCCCAUUACCAUCUGGUACUGCAGUCCCAACUGGUGGUGCUCCAGGUGCUCCAGGUGCUUCAGAAUCAACAGCAGCUUCAGGUGGUGAAGCAUCCACACCAACUGCAGAACAACAAUCAAGUGCACCAUCAGGACCAGAAGGUUCAACAACUGCUGGUGUCUCAACAUAUGAAGGUUCUGGUAAUAAAUUAAUUUCAGGUUUAGGAUUUUUAUUACCAGCAUUUGUUUUCUUAUUUUAA